UAUUCAACCAUUUAGUGACGAUGUGACAUAACUUUAAUAGUUUUUUCAUAAGCAUUGAUGACGAAAAUAUAAAUCAUUAACAAUUGAACUAAAAUCUUAAGAAUGAAAUCAUAAAACUUUGAUAAGUAUGUUGAAAUUGUUAAUAUUGAUGGAAUGUAUCAAUAAUAUUUCAUUUCAUAAACGUUGAUAAUUUCAUUCCAAAAUGUUAAUAAUGUCAUUGCAAGUCUUAAGGGGGAGAACGUGGACAUUUUUAAUUUAUUUUCUAAAAACAUUAAAUAUGACUUGUGAAAUUAUAUUUCCAUUUUGAAUUUCAUCAAUUAUUAAAUAAUUAUAUUUAAUUGAUAUAUCAUAUUUGUUCUUUUAAAUGGUUAGACUUGAUUUUCUCUUUCCUCUUCCUAUUGGCCAAGAACUUAAGAACCUCCUUAAAUUUUAGGCUUAAGGACAGGAUCCGACCCACUUGUCUUGUAUUUAAAAAGGUCGCAAAAAUAUUAUGGGUUAUUCCACUUUUCAUAUUCUCGUGAAAUUUAGCUGAAACAAAUGCAAUUCAUCAUCAAAAUGUGACGUUUAGAUAACAUCUCAAAUUUUAUCUAUUAAUCAAAAGAGUGGAAACAAUUCCAAACAAAUGAAAUUAUAAUCAAUAAUCAAACUCAUGACUCUCAACAUUUAUGGUAAGGCAAAGGCGUUGCAACGUUGCGGUCUCAUCUGUUUUGCUAAGAAUUCUCCCUCCUUUUUAGGGUUAUAUAAGUUGGAACCCUAAAAGGGUACCCACAAAUUGUGAAACCCAACCAAGAUCCAGUCUCCUCCUUUCUCCCAGUUGCCUUCUAUUCAUACAGCCCGACACUUUCACGGUUAGCACUUCACGACCGUGACAUUGGAGCUCAAACCGUGAUAUCAGACAAAAACGCAUGUCAUCGGUGUCGUUUUGGUUAGACAUCACGGUCACUGGUCAAUUAUCACGGUCAAGAGACGAUGAUAAUCUUUAGACCUGCGAGACGCCAAAAUUCUUUUGUUUCCCACGAUCUUCACGCCCUCCGGCCAAACCGUGAUAAUUGACUGUUUCUCACUUUUUGGCACUUUUCGACUCCAAUCGUCUUGAAACUCGUCCUCGACCCUUCCACACGUGUUGGGACAUGAAAUGUAUCAAAAAUAGCACAACCUAACGUAAAAUAGGUCGAGGGACGAUGAAAUGCAAAAUCGAACUAUCAAGAAAUGAGGGGUAACAUGUGUGUAAUUAGCCCUGAAUCAAACAACUAAUAGAUAAAGGAAAACCCAUGGGAACUUUAUUCUUCUUCUUCUUCUUCUUCCUAGUUGAUUGGAUAUACUCUUGGAGAUGAAAUCUGGCCUCCUCUUGGCUUGGAUAGGUCAAAUCCACUUUCAAUUUUCCCUUGUUUGUAGCUUUCUCUAUAGGUUAAGGAACAAGAAACUCAAUCUCACUCUAAACUCUCAUCCUUUUCAAAAUCUGAUCUCCUCCUUAUAUAGCUCGACUAUGCAUGUUUCAUGGUUGCACGUCGCGCCCUUGAAGUGUGCAACAAAAUUGUGAUCUCGACAUAGAACUCGUCAUUUCAUUAACACACUUCACAGUUUCCAUCCUGACUUCACCGUUUGGGACCAUGAUCCUUACAUUGUCUGCGAGACAAACGAAAGCUCUUGAAAACCUACGAGCUUCAAGGCCUUCUUGUAACGUUCACGGUCUACUGCCCGUAAUAAUCACCAUGAAACCGUGAUUUGUGCACUUUUCACUAUUUUGCUCCUUUUUGGAUCCCUUUCGUCCGACUUUCAGUCCUUUCGCCCAUUUCACCUGCUAUGGCCUGAAACAUACUAAAAUAUUCCAAAACCUAGCAUAAAAUAGCUUCAAGGACGAUGUCAAACAAAAUAGUGAAUAGAUUCACUAAUCUGACAAUCGAUUCACUACCACCAAUUGAUGGUGCUCUAUCAACCUAAUCGGACAUUCCCUCUCCUAGGUCAAAACAAUAAAUGAAGGAGUGUGAUAAAGACUCAAGCAAUAUCAUGAAUAAAACCUCAAUUGGAUAAAUAAUAUUAAGUUUAACAAACCAAAGAUCAAACAACAAUCAUUCCUAACACAUAGAACUAGGGUUCUUCAUACACAAGUGAGAGAAGGAAUUACUACGCGGAGAUAGAAAAAGAGAGGAAAAUGGGGGAAUAAGCAGCCAUCAUCGUGUAAACGUCAGGAAUCUACUUCUCAAUGAUGAUCUUCACUCCAAGGGACUGGAAUUGAGCUGCAAUGGUCAAAGGAAGACCCAAAUUUUCUCCAAGAAUGUUCUCUUCAUCACUUUCUCUCUAAAUCUUUCCAAGCUUGUUUUUAGAUGUCAAAAGACCGAUUCUCUUCCAAAAUCCCAUGAAAUGGCUCUUAAAUAUGCAACUGAAAAAAACAUGGGCAAAGUACACAGCCGUGUUUCUUCAUUCCACCUGUGUUUUCCCAAAAUGCAAUGUGUAACAUAGGUCGACUUAUGGAAAACGCUAUCAGACUUCAUGAGUUUGUAUGACCAUGUUUGUAUUGGCUCGGACCGUGUUUCCUUGCCAAAACUACGAUGCAACUUACACAACCCAAAUGGGCUAAAACACGGCUAGUGUUUCUUUGCUCCCUUGUUCAUAUUUCUUCAAUGAAAAACAAGGUUUGUUUCUCCAUGACAUGGUCGUGUUUCUACAAAAUCAGUCCAAAAUGACUCGUACAUUGCGCCUAAGCCUUUCUUCACUUACUAGGACCCAAAAUAUGACAAAUGAACACUAGCUAGCAAAAAUAGACCAUGGAGUAAGAAAAGUGAAGCUAAUUGAUCAAGAAAUGAGAAAACAAAUACAAUUUAUCACUUAUUAUAGCCCUAACCGCCGCAGGCCCAGUGCCCAAGGAAUCUUUUAGAAGAAGCUUACAUUCUUCCUAAGACACAUAGUGCGAGUCCAGACGGUACAUGGAAGAUGGAGGCCGAGUUUUAGAGUGAAAUACCCAAGUUUACCCCUCCUUCUUGUACUAUAAAUAGGAGCUUAUGCUUUAGUUGUUAGACAUUCUAACACAUACAAAAUCAUUCAAAGUUCUGCCAGGGCAGGAUGGAGAUACCUUCAUCAUCUUAGGUGAUGUCUUCUCCAUCUCUUAUGGCUAACUAAACUUGUAUUGUUUAGGGAUGUGAAUUCUAUGAUGCUUCAAUCAUCAAUGUUCUAUGAUUGAAUGCGAUGCUAUUGUCAUUAGAUGCCUCUUUCAUUUGAUGUUUGUAUCAAUCUAUGCUUUAGUUAUCUAAUGUUUUAAUCAGCAUGUGCUUUUAUCAUCUAUUGUGUGUUACUUUGGUUAUUGCUUAUAAUAUCAGCAUAUGUUGCAUGAGAAAUACAUUUUAUGUGUAUACAUCUAUUUUAGGUGUGUUUGGAGUGAAAUGGCAGUCAUUCAUGCAUGAAUGAGAUAGAUGCAUGAGGGAAAUGCCCAAAUCAAGGUUUGAUAGUGGUUGAGAGCCUUUGGAUGAGAAUUUUAGUAGAAUGACAUGUUUGAUGUAAAAAAUAGUAGAUGAACAUGUUUGAUAAAAAUGCAUAGCAGAAGGACACAUCAUACCUAUUCCUCUAUUUUCAAAACCAAAGUGUAUGGAUCUGGUGAUUAAAACAAAAACAAAAAAACCCGAACCACUCGACCCAUGUACACUCCUAGUAUGUGAGCACCUUCUUAUAGACACGAGUAGGGGUGGAAAUCGAUAAGAUAUCGGUAUCCCAGCGCCAAACUUGAACUAUUACCCUAAUUUAAGUGACUACGAAUGGAAUAAAAUAAUUUUAGUAGCUAACAUAAACUUUACUAAUAAUUCAAGUGACCAAACUUACAAUUUAACCAUACACAUAUGUGGAUUGGAUGGAAUCAACGUUUCUGCGCCCAAAUUCAGUGACCAAUUUCUUUCCCCUUCCCAAAGUAAUCAGUUUCGGUUCAUGAUAUCUAUGCAACCCUAACCUCCCAAUACACAUGUCCCCUCUUCUUCCCCAUAGUUUUCUUUUCUUUCUUCCACAUCAACAACGUGUGUAUCCUCUCCUGUUUAUUCGCCUACUUCUUCCCUCUCCAUAAACAAGCUGUAGUGAGAUAAUUUAGACUUCCGUCCUCCUCCCCUGAUCUCAAACUAUCUCUGCUACGCGUCUGAUCUUCAUUUCAAUCCUUCUGAUCAAUCAAUGAUAUUCUCCAAGCUCAGCCGCUCCACACGCGGCUCCAAUCUCUCUAAGUGGCAGAAUAUAUCGCUCCGUGGUUACCGCAGAUCAGCCAUCACCGGCCUGCCGCUGGGAGGUUCGUUUGCCAAUCGUAUAGACGAUGGAGUGGGCUUUCUGAGGAGUUAUUUGACUUCUAUUGGGGCUGCCAAGAGCUCUGCUGCCAAAACUUCCGUCUCGAACCUCAACGCCAUCCUUGCAAACCCUAGACUCCGGCGGUUUUUCUCGAGUGAAGCUCCCAAGAAGAAGAGUUAUGAGAACUUCUAUCCCAAAGGAAAGAAGGAAGCACCGAAGGGAGAUGGGAAGAAAUCUGAGUCCAAAGAGAAUUCAAAUGCUGAUGAUGAAUCGAGCUUUCAGAAGAUGUUUACGAAACAGUUCAACAAUUUACUGACCCCUUUGUUAGUCAUUGGGGUGCUUCUUUCUUCUUUUCCUUUUGGCUCGAAUGAGCACCAACAGAUCAGUUUCCAAGAGUUCAAAAACAAGCUUCUCGAGCCUGGUUUGGUGGAUCAUGUAGUUGUUUCCAACAAAUCAGUUGCAAAAGUUUAUGUGAAGAGUGCACCAUCAAACCAGACAGGUGGUGAAGAUGUCCAAGGUUCUACGACUGCCACCCCUAUUAGAGGACGUGGAGGACAAUAUAAAUACUAUUUCAAUAUUGGAAGUGUGGAUGCAUUUGAGGAGAAGCUGGAGGAAGCACAGGAGGCCUUGGGGAUAGACCCUCACGACUAUGUACCUGUUACAUAUUCCUCGGAGGUUGCUUGGUUCCAAGAAGUGUUGAGGUUUGCUCCGACGUUAUUGCUAUUGGGAACCAUCUUGUACAUGGGAAGGCGAAUGCAAGGUGGGAUAGGCCUUGGGGGCGGUGGUGGAAAAGGUGCACGUGGUAUAUUCAACAUAGGGAAAGCUCACAUCACCAAAGUGGAUAAAAAUGCUAAGAAUAAGGUCUAUUUUAAAGAUGUUGCUGGCUGUGAUGAGGCAAAGCAAGAAAUUAUGGAAUUUGUGCAUUUCCUUCAGAAUCCUAAAAAGUAUGAGGAGUUGGGAGCAAAGAUUCCAAAAGGUGCUCUUCUAGUUGGUCCUCCGGGGACUGGGAAGACUCUUCUAGCCAAAGCAACUGCUGGGGAAUCUGGGGUGCCAUUUUUAUCCAUUUCUGGCUCUGAUUUCAUGGAGAUGUUUGUUGGUGUUGGUCCAUCUAGAGUGAGGAAUUUGUUUCAAGAAGCGAGACAGUGUGCUCCAAGUAUUGUAUUCAUUGAUGAAAUCGAUGCGAUUGGCAGAGCAAGGGGACGUGGUGGCUUCAGUGGUGGCAAUGAUGAAAGGGAAAGUACCCUCAAUCAAUUGCUGGUAGAAAUGGAUGGCUUUGCUACUACUGCUGGGGUGGUUGUGCUUGCUGGCACUAACAGACCGGAUAUACUAGACAAAGCUCUUCUGAGGCCUGGAAGAUUUGACCGGCAAAUUUCCAUUGACAAGCCAGAUAUAAAAGGCCGUGAACAAAUAUUCCAGAUCUAUUUGAAGAAACUGAAGCUUGAUCAGGAACCGUCAUUUUACUCUGAAAGGCUUGCUGCCCUCACUCCUGGAUUUGCUGGAGCAGAUAUUGCAAAUGUUUGUAAUGAAGCUGCUCUAAUUGCUGCAAGGAAGGAACAAAAAGUAAUCAAUAUGGAACACUUUGAGUCCGCAAUAGACAGAGUAAUUGGUGGUUUGGAGAAGAAGAACAGGGUAAUAAGCAAGCUGGAACGACGGACUGUUGCCUACCAUGAGUCAGGUCAUGCUGUAACCGGCUGGUUUUUGGAGCAUGCAGAGCCACUCUUGAAAGUGACGAUAGUUCCUCGUGGUACAGCUGCGCUUGGGUUUGCUCAGUAUGUUCCUAAUGAGAACCUUCUGAUGACCAAGGAGCAACUUUUCGAUAUUACUUGUAUGACCCUUGGUGGUCGAGCAGCAGAACAGGUAUUGUUGGGGAAAAUCUCAACAGGAGCCCAAAAUGACUUGGAGAAAGUGACAAAAAUGACGUACGCCCAAGUAGCGGUGUAUGGUUUCAGCGACAAGGUGGGACUUCUGUCUUUCCCACAAAGAGAGGAAUCAUUUGACAUGAGCAAGCCGUACAGCAGCAAGACAGGGGCCAUUAUCGACGGGGAAGUACGAGAAUGGGUGGGCAAAGCAUAUGAACGCACAUUGCAAAUUGUAGAAGAGCACAAGGAGAAGGUUGCUGAGAUUGCUGAAUUGUUGCUGGACAAGGAAGUUCUCCACCAGGAGGACUUGGUCCGGGUCCUGGGGGAGAGACCGUUCAAGGCACUCGAAGCUACAAACUAUGAUAAAUUCAAGGAAGGUUUUAAACAUGAAGAAAAGCAGGGUGAGAGCAGCACGACGAGUGUGGAGGAGGAAGACGAAUCGCCACCAAUAGAGGUGGUACCUGCCUGAACCUCUGAACGACACUCUUGGUGUUUGUGUUUGUACAUCUCGACUGAUUGGAUUACUGCAUUGAGCCGUCUCUUUCCGUAGCCCCUCCUACUUCCCUCUCCCCAUGGACGUUGUAAAAUUUGAUUAGUUGCGCAAUAAUUUAUGGAUGGUUGAUAUCAUCUGGUUUGUCUUUGCGAGGAAUGCAUUUCGUGUUGGCGCAAAGGGGAACUAUUUAUGAGAAUCAAGUGCCAUUGCUUGUUGUUGUCUGGGCAUGAGGUGACGGAUUAUGAAUUUUUUUGAAUGCCAACUCGUUAGACGUUGAGGGUAGAUCGAAUGAAUUUGCCGAAAACAGUGAUGGAACUCCAUGAGCGACGUAAGUUUUUUUUUUGUAUGUUGUAUCUAUUGAGAGAAGAGAAUGAAUUGAUUGUGAAGGUUUAUGAGAACGAGACAAUACAUAAACUCGAUCUGUUCCUCAGACACUUGGCUGACAUAAUUGUGUGCAAGUUGUGGGGGUUCAGCAGCUCAAAAAUUGGUUGUGAGAAGAGAGUAAAUUGAUAAACAUGAGAGGCACCAAAGCUAGGAAAGAGGGCAAAAACUACAAAGGUGGACCAAGUAUAUAAAUUAUGAUGAAGAGUCGUAACUAGCUAGCAUAGGCAUGGGCACGGGAGGUUGGGUUGGGCUGGGCCCCUACUGCAAAUCAGGAUCAGGUCGUUAGCCCAUAAUUAAAGAGUAGGAAAAUCCUUAGCACACACCUGGCAAAAUCUGGUAGAUGGGAAGAAGAGUAAACCCAUCUGUGAUGUGCCCAACACGUGGCGGCAGCAGGACGAGCAUGAUGUGGACGCUGGGAUAUGUGGAAACGCGUCGGCUGUCCCAUUGAAUAGAUAUCACGUUCUCCAUCUAUAUUUCAACCAAUUUCCAUCCUCUAAAUUAUACUAUUGAUUGAUGUUUUAGUCCUUAGAAGGAGAGAAUUGAUCCUUGUUUGUUUUUUUUUUUAAAUAAAGGAUUUGAAAAAGGAACAUAGAAUAUAAUUUUUUUAAAUAUCAGUAUGUGCUUUUAUUUCAUUGAAUCAUAUCCCCAUAAAUUGUGAUUCCAAGAUAUUUCUUCUUUGUCUUGAGAAUGAGUUUACAUCGUUGAACCACUAAAUUUAAGAAGUUGUUUAAGUGACUGUUGAUUGUUAGUUAAUCUUAAGUAGUUAGUAAUUACUUAGGGGAUAUUAGUGGUAUGUUGGUUAGUUAAGAAUACUUAGGGAUUUUUUGAAUUAUUUUAAACCUAACUUAAAUAAAUAAUUUAGAGGGUGGGAUUUUUUCCCCUUCCUCCCAACCCUAGUUAUCAUAGGAUUAAUCUAUGGUUUACUUGCUACACUUGAUCUUAGUCAAAAGGCAAUUAGGUUUUUAUCAUUCAGAUUUGUUGUUUAGUAGAUGUUGCUCACUCUGCCGGUGGCUUUGCAGUAGGUUGGUCCGUGGAGAUUACGAUCUCAUUUUAAUGUAGUAAUUCCUUUUUUGUGGCUUUGAAUUUGAAUAAAGAUCGAUUGAAUUA